GCAUUUUGCCUACUUAGGUAGGUAAGAGGUUUCUUGGCAGUUUUCUGCGACAUCCCUGCUUACGAAAUAGUUUGCGAGCACGUGGGUUCUUGACCCCGUCACGUGCGCUCCACCCUCUUUUUGUCUUUGUUGGCUAUAUAAGCUCGCGUCCUCCUGUGCUCUUUUCUUCUUAGGCAUAGCAGGGAGGAGCGGUGGAGAUAAAAUCAAUGACAGGAUUCAUCUCAUGGUCCAUGGGAUGCAGUUAUGGUGUUGUGGAGGGAUGGAAGGACUUUGGCGACUACCUUCAUAAACGCAGCAUGGGAUACGACGUGAUGUCGGGGUGGGAUUGGGUGGAGCGAGAUAUGCUGCUAGAGGACAUCAUGGUUCUAAGUGGUGGUGUUCGUCAUGGGCUGGUGGCGAUGGUGGCUGCGGUGGUGACGAGGAGCUGGGAUCGUUGGGGAUUGCGGUACGUUGGACGGAAGUAUGAGGUCGCAGGUUGUCUUAAGCUAAUGUUCAAAAAACGUAUCGAAGAUAUUCGUAAUUCUCAUUGCCAUCGCACCUUGGCGCCUGUUGUCAGGUCCCUAAGCUUUCGAAGGUACGGAUCGAGGAAUAUCAUCACUCCUCGCUAUGAUGAUGAAACGCUGCGAAUCUCCAUUAUCGGGGUUCCUGGGUCCUCCCUGGGUCAUGGGACGAGUCUUGAGAGUUUGUUGAUACCACGAAGGGUUGACAGCGACAGUUUGAAGUUCACGCUUCACUCUGUCCCCACCAUUGGAAGAGUCGUCGUUUGCUUUCGACAACUCCUCCGAGCUUCCAACCAACGGAGAAGACUGAGAGGACGAUCACGAUGUAUAAAUACCCUAGAUCAAGAUGUUGCGGAAGUACUCCGCAAGUGAUGGUGAUGCCAGAGCACGCUCCCGGGUAGUGAUGAGUAAGUGUAUUGGGUAGGGGAACUUCGGAGACCGGUCUAAUAGUUUUAUCCAGCUCGACAGAGUUUCAAGCAUCGGAUCCUAUCCACGG